AUGGCAAGAUCUCACCUCCCUCCAGCCCACGCUGAACCGGACUGGUACCGCUCGUUGACUCCUUUCUCUGGUGGCGAGCCCCUUAAGAGCACGGGAGGCGGUGACCUCGUUCCUGUGUGGAACAUCACGGCGCACAUCGCCUUCAUGAACACCAUGGGUAUCACCCACUCCGUUCUCGGUUUCACGGGGCCCAGCGCGAACGUUUACAUGCGCGACCGAAACAGGACGGUUGCCCUAGCUCGCCUCAUCAACGAACAACUCGCGGCCUACGCCCGCACCCAACCAGAGCAGUUCAGUUUCUUUGCUGCGGUGCCUUUGCCUUACGCCGACGAUGCUAUCAAGGAGUUAGAGUAUGCGACGAAGGAGUUGGGUGCUGUCGGUGUUGCACUGAUGAGUAACCACGAGGGGAUGUAUCUGGGGCAUGAUGUUUUCACCCCGUUUUGGAAGUACAUGGAUGGGAUGGGAGGGAGGCAGAUCGUUUAUGUCCACCCCACCACCCCGUACAUCCCCGUUAACGACACCUUUGUCGUGGCCAAUCCCAAUCCUAGCAUGGAGACCAGUCGGAUGGAGUACUAUAUGGAGACCGCUCGGACGUUCACGGACCUGACUAUCACGCAGACUCUUCAGAACUUCACGAAUACCCACUUUGUCUUGCCCCAUCUUGGCGGUGCGUUCCCUGUGAUGAUCGAUCGUGUCUUGAAGACACGACAUCCUGAACUUUACGACUCCUCCUUGGCGAUCUAUCGCUCAAGGCUCUGGUGGGAUUCUGCGAGUCCCACCUAUUUCCACCAAGUUGCUGGUCUACUUGGAUACGACAUACCCAAAGCGAACCUCCUUUUCGGAACGGACUACCCCUUCGUUGGCACGGCUGCGAACCAGGCGGAUCUUCAGGCCAUCCUCGCGUACCCUGGCCUGACAGACGAUGAGAAGGACAACAUUCUCUCCAACAACUACAAGUCGUUGUUCGGGGACAAGUUGAACUUCUGA